AUGUUUCUAUACAACUUGACCUUGCAGCGAGCCACUGGCAUCAGCUUUGCCAUUCAUGGCAACUUCUCUGGAACCAAACAACAGGAAAUUGUUGUUUCCCGUGGGAAGAUACUGGAGCUGCUUCGUCCCGACCCCAACACUGGCAAAGUACACACUCUACUAACUGUGGAAGUAUUUGGUGUUAUACGGUCACUCAUGGCCUUUAGGCUGACGGGUGGCACCAAAGACUACAUUGUGGUUGGCAGUGACUCAGGUCGGAUUGUUAUCCUGGAAUACCAGCCAUCUAAGAAUAUGUUUGAGAAAAUUCACCAAGAAACCUUUGGCAAGAGUGGAUGCCGCCGCAUUGUUCCUGGCCAGUUCUUAGCUGUGGAUCCCAAGGGGCGAGCUGUUAUGAUUAGUGCCAUUGAAAAACAGAAAUUGGUAUAUAUCUUGAACAGAGAUGCUGCAGCCCGGCUUACCAUUUCAUCUCCCUUGGAAGCCCAUAAAGCGAACACUUUAGUAUAUCAUGUGGUUGGAGUAGAUGUAGGAUUUGAAAAUCCAAUGUUUGCUUGUCUGGAAAUGGAUUAUGAGGAAGCAGACAAUGAUCCCACAGGGGAAGCAGCAGCUAAUACCCAGCAGACGCUUACUUUCUAUGAGUUAGACCUUGGUUUAAAUCAUGUGGUCCGAAAAUACAGUGAACCUUUGGAGGAACAUGGCAACUUUCUUAUUACAGUUCCCGGAGGGUCAGAUGGUCCAAGUGGAGUGCUGAUCUGCUCUGAAAACUAUAUCACCUAUAAGAACUUUGGUGACCAACCAGAUAUCCGCUGUCCAAUUCCCAGGAGACGGAAUGACCUGGAUGACCCUGAAAGAGGAAUGAUUUUUGUCUGCUCUGCCACCCAUAAGACCAAAUCGAUGUUCUUCUUUUUGGCCCAAACUGAGCAGGGAGAUAUCUUCAAGAUCACUUUGGAGACAGAUGAAGAUAUGGUUACUGAGAUUCGGCUCAAGUAUUUUGAUACUGUGCCUGUUGCUGCUGCCAUGUGUGUGCUUAAAACAGGCUUCCUUUUUGUAGCAUCAGAAUUUGGAAAUCAUUACUUAUAUCAAAUUGCACAUCUUGGAGAUGAUGAUGAAGAGCCUGAGUUUUCAUCUGCCAUGCCUCUGGAAGAAGGAGACACGUUCUUCUUCCAGCCAAGACCACUUAAAAACCUUGUGCUGGUCGAUGAGUUGGACAGCCUCUCUCCCAUUUUGUUUUGCCAGAUAGCUGAUCUGGCCAAUGAAGACACACCACAGCUGUAUGUGGCCUGCGGUAGGGGACCCCGAUCAUCUCUGAGAGUCCUGCGGCACGGACUUGAGGUGUCAGAAAUGGCUGUCUCUGAGUUACCCGGUAACCCCAAUGCUGUCUGGACAGUGCGUCGGCACAUUGAAGAUGAGUUUGAUGCCUAUAUCAUUGUGUCUUUCGUGAAUGCCACACUUGUACUAUCCAUCGGAGAGACUGUGGAAGAAGUGACUGACUCUGGGUUCCUGGGCACAACCCCAACCUUAUCCUGCUCCUUGUUAGGAGAUGAUGCCUUGGUACAGGUGUAUCCUGAUGGCAUUCGGCAUAUAAGAGCAGACAAGCGAGUCAAUGAGUGGAAGACCCCUGGGAAGAAAACGAUUGUGAAAUGUGCUGUGAACCAGCGACAAGUGGUGAUUGCCCUGACAGGAGGAGAGCUGGUCUAUUUUGAGAUGGAUCCUUCAGGACAGCUGAAUGAGUACACAGAGCGGAAGGAGAUGUCAGCCGAUGUGGUGUGCAUGAGUCUGGCCAAUGUGCCUCCUGGAGAGCAGCGGUCUCGCUUCCUUGCUGUGGGGCUGGUGGACAAUACUGUCAGAAUCAUCUCCCUGGACCCCUCAGACUGUUUGCAGCCUCUGAGCAUGCAAGCUCUCCCAGCCCAGCCUGAAUCCUUGUGUAUUGUGGAAAUGGGUGGGACUGAGAAGCAAGAUGAGCUGGGUGAGAGGGGCUCUAUUGGCUUCCUAUACUUGAAUAUUGGGUUACAGAAUGGUGUGCUGCUGAGAACUGUCCUGGACCCCGUCACUGGGGAUCUGUCUGACACCCGCACUAGGUACCUGGGGUCUCGUCCUGUGAAACUCUUUCGUGUCCGGAUGCAAGGCCAAGAGGCAGUGUUGGCCAUGUCUAGCCGCUCGUGGUUGAGCUAUUCUUACCAGUCUCGUUUCCAUCUCACCCCCUUGUCUUAUGAGACCCUGGAAUUUGCGUCUGGCUUCGCCUCUGAACAGUGUCCUGAGGGCAUUGUUGCCAUCUCCACCAAUACCCUGAGGAUUUUAGCAUUGGAGAAGCUAGGUGCUGUCUUCAAUCAGGUAGCCUUUCCGUUGCAGUAUACACCCAGGAAAUUUGUCAUUCACCCAGAGAGUAACAACCUUAUCAUCAUUGAGACAGACCACAAUGCCUACACAGAAGCUACAAAAGCUCAGAGAAAGCAACAGAUGGCAGAGGAAAUGGUAGAAGCAGCAGGGGAGGACGAGCGGGAGCUUGCUGCAGAGAUGGCAGCAGCGUUCCUGAAUGAAAACCUCCCUGAAUCCAUUUUUGGAGCUCCUAAGGCUGGCAAUGGGCAGUGGGCCUCUGUGAUCCGAGUCAUGAAUCCUAUUCAAGGGAACACACUAGACCUUGUCCAGCUAGAACAGAAUGAGGCUGCUUUUAGUGUGGCUGUUUGUAGGUUCUCCAAUACUGGUGAUGAUUGGUAUGUGUUGGUGGGCGUGGCCAAAGACCUGAUACUCAAUCCCCGGUCUGUAGCAGGGGGCUUUGUCUAUACCUACAAGCUUGUGAACAAUGGGGAGAAAUUGGAGUUUUUGCACAAGACUCCAGUGGAAGAGGUCCCUGCUGCCAUUGCCCCAUUCCAGGGGAGGGUGUUGAUUGGUGUGGGGAAGCUUCUGCGAGUCUAUGACUUGGGGAAGAAGAAGUUACUCCGAAAGUGUGAGAACAAGCAUAUUGCCAAUUACAUCUCUGGGAUCCAGACUAUUGGACACAGGGUAAUUGUGUCUGACGUCCAGGAAAGUUUCAUCUGGGUUCGAUACAAGCGUAAUGAGAACCAGCUCAUCAUUUUUGCUGAUGAUACUUACCCACGAUGGGUCACUACAGCUAGCCUUCUGGACUAUGACACUGUGGCUGGGGCAGAUAAGUUUGGCAACAUUUGUGUGGUAAGGCUCCCACCUAACACCAAUGAUGAAGUGGAUGAGGAUCCUACAGGAAACAAAGCCCUGUGGGACCGGGGCUUGCUCAACGGGGCCUCUCAGAAGGCAGAGGUGAUCAUGAACUACCAUGUAGGCGAGACAGUGCUGUCAUUACAGAAGACCACACUGAUCCCCGGAGGCUCAGAAUCGCUUGUCUAUACCACCUUGUCAGGAGGAAUUGGCAUCCUUGUCCCAUUCACAUCCCAUGAGGACCAUGACUUCUUCCAGCAUGUGGAAAUGCACCUACGGUCUGAGCAUCCCCCUCUCUGUGGGCGAGACCACCUCAGCUUUCGUUCCUAUUACUUCCCUGUUAAGAAUGUGAUAGACGGAGACCUCUGUGAGCAGUUCAACUCCAUGGAGCCCAACAAACAGAAGAAUGUCUCUGAAGAACUGGACCGAACCCCACCUGAGGUGUCCAAGAAGCUUGAGGACAUCCGGACCCGUUAUGCCUUCUGAGCCCUUUCCCUGUGGGGCUUGUGUCAGAGACUCUCUGUUUUGUUUCCCCUACCACCUGGCUCUGAACCCAUGUGGCAGAAGGGUGGCUGGUUAAUUAAGACUUCGUAAUAUUAAAGCUAGUAUGUCUUUCGUAUCCACUCUUUCCCUGGAGUGACUGGUUCCCCCUAAAAUUGGCACUGAAAUUUGCUAUGCUUCUUUUUGCCUAGUACGUAAUACAUUGCCCCCAGGUUCUGGUGUGUAAUAAGAUGUUGGCGAUUC